UGUGCGGCUGCUGAGUGCUGAGAGUAGUCCAACCAAAAGGCUGCUGAUUUACAAUGCAGAUGAUGGGACCUUAGCUUAUUUGUUUGUAGCUUCGCUGGGCUAUAAAGGCAGCUGAUCGGUACGGCUGGAAACUUACAUGGUGCAAGACACAUGAUAUGACAAGCCAGAAAGGACAGUGGAGAUUGCUUAUCAUAGCACAGGAUGUCUUUGUUCAAUCCUAUUCUAAGUCCUGCAGAUAUCAAACCCUACCUAACCAAAGGGGAACGCUUCAUCAAAUGGGAUGAUGAGACAUCUAUAGCAUCACCAGUUAUUCUGCGAGUGGAUUCAAAAGGUUAUUACCUGUACUGGACUUUUCAGAGCAAGGAAAUUGAAUUCAUUGAAUUGACCAGUAUCCGAGAUACGCGAUUUGGAAAAUAUGCCAAAAUCCCAAAGAGCCAGAAAUUACGGGAAGUGUUUAACAUGGACUUUCCUGAAAACAACUUCUUGGCCAAAACUUUGUGCGUUGUCGCUGGGCCGGAUAUGGUGGAUCUUACCUUUCACAACUUUGUGUCCUACAAGGAGAAUGUGGGCAAGGACUGGGCUAGUGACAUUAUGGCAAUAGUCAGAAAUCCCCUUCAAAUCAAUGCGUCACGCUACUCCUUUUAUGAGAAAAUACAUGUAAAGCUUACACUUCAGCUAAAUGCAGAGGGAAAGAUUCCUGUGCGCAACAUUUUCCAGAUGUUUCCUGCAGACAGGAAGAGAGUGGAACAAGCAUUAAAUUCUUGUCAUCUGUCGAAAGGGAAAAAUGAUGCCAUCAACCCUGAAGAUUUCCCAGAAUCUGUCUACAGAUCAUUCCUCAUGCAGCUCUGCCCCCGACCAGAGAUCGAUGAAAUCUUUACCUCCCACCACUCCAAAGCCAAGCCUUAUAUGACAAAAGAUCACCUUACCAAAUUCAUUAACCAGAAGCAGCGAGAUUCAAGAUUAAAUGAAUUGUUGUUUCCUCCUGCUAAGCAAGAACAAGUACAAACUCUCAUAGAGAAAUAUGAACCUAGUGCUAUCAACAAGCAGAGAGGGCAGCUGUCUCCGGAAGGCAUGGUCUGGUUCUUGUGUGGCUCUGAGAAUAGUGUUGUGUCAUUGGAAAAAAUACGAGUACACCAGGACAUGAAUCAGCCAUUUACUCACUACUUUAUCAACUCUUCACACAACACCUACCUCACAGCUGGUCAGUUUUCAGGGAUUUCUUCUCCUGAAAUGUAUAGACAGACCUUGCUCUCAGGCUGCCGAUGCGUGGAACUUGACUGCUGGAAGGGAAAACCACCAGAGGAGGAGCCAAUCAUUACUCAUGGCUUCACCAUGACAACUGAGAUUCUUUUUAAGGAUGUCAUUGAAGCUAUAGCAGAAUCAGCUUUCAAGACUUCUUCUUAUCCAAUUGUCUUGUCCUUUGAGAACCAUGUGGACUCUGCAAAGCAACAGGCAAAAAUGGCUGACUACUGCAGGACAAUAUUUGGUGACAUGCUACUGACUGAAUUACUGGAGAAGUUUCCUAUAAAACCUGGAUGUCCAGUGCCAAGCCCUAAUGAACUGAUGGGAAAAAUCUUAAUUAAGAAUAAAAAGAACCAGGCUUUCACUUCAACAGAGAAGAAAGCACAGAGUGGUGACUCCGGCAGUUCAGAUCAAACCAAUGCACAAUCCGGUGAAAAUACAGAAAACGAAACAGUGGAAGAAGCAGGUGGAGAAAAUGAAGGUCAAGCAGUGGUGGAGAAUGUGGAUGAAGAAGAGAAACAGAUCCAGUCUGAUGAAGGGACUGCUGGGCAGGAAGUCACAGCUUAUGAGGAGAUGUCAAGUCUAGUCAACUAUGUCCAGCCAGUGAAAUUUGACUCAUUUGAAGUUUCUGCACAAAAGAAUCAAAGUUAUGUGAUUUCUUCAUUUGUGGAGACCAAAGCUUAUGACCUGCUGACCAAGUUCCCAGUGCAGUUUGUUGAAUACAAUAAAAGACAGAUGAGUCGUAUUUAUCCAAAAGGAACCAGAAUGGAUUCAUCUAACUAUAUGCCACAAAUGUUUUGGAAUGUGGGUUGUCAGAUGGUGGCGCUGAACUUUCAAACAAUGGAUUUAGCUAUGCAACAAAACAUGGCACUGUUUGAGUUCAAUGGCGGCAGUGGAUACAUUCUAAAACAUGAAUUCAUGCGACAAGCAGAAAAGCAGUUUGACCCAUUCACAGUUGAUCGGAUUGAUGUAGUUGUGGCCAACACUCUCUCAAUUACAGUACUCUCGGGGCAGUUCCUUAGUGACAAAUCUGUGAAGACCUACGUAGAGGUGGAGCUAUUUGGACUACCUGGGGAUCCCAAGAGGAAAUACAAAACAAAAUUAACUUCAACUGCAAACUCCAUUAACCCUGUGUGGAAAGAAGAGCCGUAUGUGUUUGAAAAGAUUCUUAUGCCAGAGAUGGCUUCUCUAAGAGUUGCUGUGUUUGAAGAAGGAGGGAAGUUCAUUGGUCAUCGGAUUAUUCCAAUCAAUGUGAUCAGAUCAGGUUUUCACCACAUGUGUCUUCGGAGUGAAAGUAACAUGCCGCUCACCAUGCCCUCUUUGUUUGUGUACGUGGAGGUGAAAGACUACAUACCGGAUACAUGGGCAGAUCUCACUCAUGCUCUGUCCAAUCCUAUAAAAGCUUUCAAAGCACAUGAGAAAUCAUCAAUAAAGAUGAACAACAAAGGAUCCUCCAUUGAUGAGAAAUCCAACAGUCCUCAAUCAAAUGGCAUUGGUGGUUCUGGCAAACCAUCUGUUAAAGUAACACAGAAUGGUCCUCAAGGGUCUUUGGGAACUGGAAAAGCAGAUGCUGUGAAAGAAGCAGCAGAACCAGAAACCACAAACCAAGAUGAACUGCAGAAACAGAAGAGCUUCUUGAAGCUUCAGAAGAAACACAAGAAGGAGCUGAAAGAACUAGAACGGAAGGUACAGAAACACAGAGAAGAGAUUCUCCAGAAAUACUCCAGCGCCUUUAGUGAUUUGAACACACAGCUCAACAAGAAACCCAACCGAAAGUGUCAGAAAAAAAAAAGUCUGGAGGAUGACUAUUGUUCCAUAUGGGGUGCUGGAGAAAUCCCUGGAAAACCAGAUCCAAAAAUAGUGGAGCUGAAGGAGAAGAUGGAGCAGGAACUGACACGUGCUUCUGAGGAGUUUUUUGAGAGCAUUUGGAAAAAGAGGGAGCAACAUUCUGCAGAACAAUUCAGCAAGUUGUUAGAGCUAGCCCAGGAGAGACAGGCAACAGAACUAAAAGUCCUGAAAGAAUCUACAGACAGUGACACUAAACUGAUGAAGAAGAAGUUGGAAAUGAAGCGGCUGGAGAGGCUUGACGCAAUGAGUAAGAAUACAAUGGACAAAGCUGCUCAGGAGAGGUUAAAAAAGGAAAUAAACAACUCACACAUCCAGGAGGUGGUGCAGGUCUUGCAAAUGAUAUCUGAUAAAUGGAGCAACCAUCAACAGAAACUAGAAGAAAAACAGAAUGAGGGUCUCCAGAAAAUCAGAGAGAAAGGAGAACAGACUCAGAAAGAUCUUCAAGGAGAAUACCAAGAAAAAUUAAAGAGCAUGCAUGGGGAAGUGGCAGAACAGAUACAUAACUGCAUGGCACCAUGGUUUCCAGCAGAGGCCAAAAGCCUUAAGAAAGAGUCAGUAAACUGUGCAAACACGUGGGAAUUUCUCUUUGCAAGACACGAGAAAGGAGGUACUUCUGCUGAAAACAGUCAACAGGAAGCAAAAACAGAAGAAGAACCAGCAAAAGAGGUGGCAGGGGAGAUUUUACCAAAUGACCUUGCUAGUGCACCUAUGUCUAAAGACCCUACAACUGUUGAGAAGUCUGAAAGUGACAUACAUUCUGGUGAUAUUCCAGCACCAGAAUCAUCUUCUAAAGCUGAAGAAGAGGCAAAGGAUAUGGUGGGAAAGGUCCCUUCUGAAAAGGAAUCUACACAGUAAGAACUGGUUGGUUGAAACUGAAGGACAAAUCCAUUCUAUGUGCGUUCAUGAUGAAAAAACAGCUAUUUCAUGCAACAUCCAACUGACGCAAUGCAGAAUGGACACAAAAAAUAAACUGGGGGUUAAAUUAUUUUGAGUUUGCGAGUAUAGGGUGGAUUUGAUAAAUGGGAUAAGGCAAUUAAUAUUUAUCUAGACUUGUUCAUAAGAGUUUUUCCUGUGCAUGUAUGUGUUAGGGGCAGAUUAGAGUAAAAAGUAUGUU